AUGUCAAUACCUGGAUUAAUCUGGACUUUGGAGUUCAAGUUCAACCCUUUGGGUUCAUACGUCUGCGUAGGUGGGGCUAGAGCCUCUGGAGUCCUGCCCGUUAGUAUCGCCACUGUGUCAGCGCAAUGUCCAAUAAACGUACAGGAAGAGGAACCCCUUAUGACGUUACUGACGUUGAGUAGAGGGUGA